AUGGACCCGUGGACGGAGGUGGUACACGCAAUGGUCCAUAGGGAUCCGGAACCAGAAGAACCGCUGCAGCAGAGGACCACGAGGAAGCGAGGGGCCGCAAAGGACGAUACAGAGGAGCCAGCGGACCUAGGAAUGGUAGGACAGGCCGGACAAUUGGAGGCCGAAAAGGUGAGGAGGGUGAUGCCGAGAGGCUCACCCCCAACGACCCUAAGUGAACAGGAGUUGGAGGAUGCGCCCCCUCUGACUUUUCAUGCCAACCUCAGCCGCAGCCGACGCGCCCAGUAUCACUUUGCCCACGGGUUGAGGGAAUUGGAGACUGGGCUGGGGUUGGUCAGCAAGCCGUUCUGGAUCCCGAUAUCCAGUCCUGACUGGAUUGAGAGCCGGAGCGGCGGGGUGGUCAUGGUGGCGCACCCCAUCACGGGUGCCCCUCCCUGCAAGUGUAGGAAAAAGGGGGACUCAUGCGUGGCGGUUGAUUGGGGGCCCGUUACUAUUGUGGGGGUGUAUUUGCACCCCCGCAAAAACAAGGCCGGUCUCGGCGAACUGCCCCAUGUAAUGGGGAUCCUGGACGAGGUCGGGGAUGUGGUGCGGCAGUGCCACCUCCGGCCAGUCGUGGUUGCCGGGGACUUCAAUGCUCACUCCACGGAGUGGGGUUGCAGCCCCGGCAGGGGGAUCCCCGAAGGGGCGACGCCGUGA